AUGAAUUUUAAGAAAACUUUUAUCCUGUUGUUUACUCUUUAUCAACUGGCUAAAGCUUAAAUUGAUCAGAACUCAAAUUAAAUAGCACAAUAUCCAUUUUAACCUCUCUAGAAUCAGUCAUCAGCAAGUAUAUCUUAUUAAAUAAAUUUGCUAAAAACGUAAAGCUAAAAUGUACCUGCAAUAAAUGCUUAUUGCAUAUCUGAAAAUGAUACUUUCUAAAUCAAUUAUAAUAAUACAAUCAGAUAUUUAGGUUUAGAGUUUAUUAACAUUUAGAUAAAGUUUAAUGAAACCUAUGAUUUUCUUGUAGUAUCAUUAGAUUUUAUUAAAUUCGGAUUAUGGUCAGCAGAAACUUCUUAUUUACAAAUACUUGAUACUUCUCUUAGCUUAUAUGACACUAGCUAAAUACAGAAUAAGUAAGGAAAUCCAGAUAAAUAUUGCACAAAUCCAAACAUUAAUGGAAACUCAACAAAAUAUUCGUUUAGUACUCUAGUACCUCAAAAUAAUAGUAAUUACAAUGUGAGUAUUGGAUCUAACGCCAAUUUACCAGAAAAUCAGUGGUCAAUAAGCAACCUACUUUUUAUUCUUUACAAGUGCAAAUAAGGAUUUGCUUUCAACAAAAGUACAAAAUAAUGCGAUCCCUGUCCAUAAAAUUGUGUAGUGUGUUCAAAUAGCAAGUAAUGCUCAAAGUGUAAUGAUACUUUUAACUUAUAUAAUUAAGCUUAUUGCUAAAAAAAUUGCCCUGAUGGAUACUUUGCUAGUAAUGGUACUUGUUUUAAAUGCCUUUAAAUAUGCAAAAGUUGUGAAUCUGCUGAUAAAUGUUUAGUAUGCAACAACAAUCCUUCUAAAGAUAUUUGCUAAGAUGUUAAUUUAACAAAUUGUAGUUGCAAUAACCCUACUUAAUAUGGGAUAUGUCUCAAAUAAAACCCCAGCUGUAAAAAUUAUGUUGGUUAAAAUGGUCAAAAUUGUGAUAAAUCUUGUUAUUGUUAAGAUUGUAAUAAUAAUGACUUUUUAUAAGAUAAUAAAUGUGUUAGUUCUUGCUCAAAGGGUUAUUUUUAAUAUAAUAAAACAUGCGUCUAACAAUGUCUUACUAACUAUAUUGCAAUUAAUAAUGUUUGCUAAUUAUGUGAUAAAUCAUGCUAGAAUUGCAAAAAUAAGCAAUAUUAUUGUCAAAAAUGCGUAGAAUAAUACUUUCCUGUUUAUUUUAAUGACAGAAACGAUUUUAUUUGUGUUGGAAAUUAGUCAUAAGAUAAAGAUAUCUUUAAUUAAUGCAAAUCUUUAUAAUACAAAUAUCUGUUUAUUGAUUCACAAAACAAAUACUUUUGCUACAAAAAUUGCCCUUUUUUUAUUGAUAAUAGUAAUCCUUAAAUUUCAUAUUGCAAAAGUUGUUAAGAUCCAAAUUGUAAUAAUUGCUCAUAGGAUUAUAAAAAUUGCAGUUAAUGUAAACUUAAUUACACUAGUGUUUAAAAUUUAUGCACUUAAAAUUGCUCAGAUACUAUAUAGAAGGACUGUGCAUGUUUAGAUGGAUAUUACAUCAAUGAUGAUAAAUGCUUAAAAUGUUCAAAUUUAGAUAAAAACUGCUCUAAAUGUAGUAAAGAUGGUUGUAAUUUAUGCAACAGUGGUUUCUAUUUAAAUGAUAUGAAAUAAUGUGUAACUUGCUCAACAAAUUGUAAGAUCUGUACCAAUUCUACUGAUUGUUAAGAAUGCCAAAGUUAAUAUUUUAAAAAUAACUAAAACUAAUGUAUAACUGGAGAUAUUUGUAAUUAAUAAGGUUAUAUUUAAGGUAAUUAAUGUAUUUAAUGCAAAGAUUAUUGCUAAACAUGUAUCUCAGAUUCAAACUGCACAUCCUGUAAAGAAGGCUUUUAUUUAUUUAAAAAAGAUAAAGAUAAUUAAACUUGUGAAACAUGUUCAUAAGGAUAUAUAGAUAUAGAUUAAAAAACUUGUGUUCAAUCUUGUUCUUAAGGAUAUAUUGAUACUAAUAAGUGCACUAAAUGCUCAAACUAAAAUUGUUAUUCAUGUUCGAUUGUUAACAAUUAAUAAUUUUGUAAUAAAUGUACUACUGGUUAUUAUUUAAUUAAACAAACUGGUGAAUGUGUAAAAUCAUGUCCACAAAAAACGUUUUAGAAUUAAGCUGAUUAAACUUGUUCUCAAUGCUCUACAACUUGCGAAACUUGCAAAGAUUUAACUAACUGUUUGACUUGCCCUUAAAAUUAGUUUUUAAUAAAUUUAAAUAAUGUAAUUUUAUGCAAUACUUGUGAAGAAGGAAAAUAUUAUUAUUAAGUUAAUUAAACUUGUGUAGAUGACUGUCCAAUAGGAAUCGGAGGAUUUAAUAACUAGAAUUAACGCUAAUGCGUGGAUUGCUAAGAUUAAAAUUGUUUGAAAUGCUCUACCUUAUCAUUGAAUACUUAGUAAGCAAAUUACUCUCAAUAAUGUCUAAUUUGCAGAUAAGGUUAUCUUUUAAAUGGUACAUGUGUUAAUAAUUGCCCAGACUCAAUGUACAAUGACACUCAAAAAAACACAUGUGAACUUUGCCCUAAGGAAUGUAAAACAUGCUCUUCACUAUCUCAAUGCAUUUCUUGUUUUGAUGGAUAAAGUCUUUAUAAUGGUACUUGUGUCUCAUCAUGUCCUGAUAGUUUUUAUUAAGAUCAAAAUAAUUGUGUUGCAUGCCCUCAAAGUAAUUGCCUCAUUUGUGAUAAAUAAAAUUGUAAAAAAUGUAAAGCAAAUAAUGUUUAUAUUUAAUCUGAAAAUCCUCCAUGUGUCUCUUGCCCAUCUACAAAAUAUGUCUUAGACAAGAAUUGUAAUUAAUGCCUUCAAUCACUUUAUCUUAAUUAUGAUAAAUAAGAAUGUGUAUCAUAUGAUAAUUGCAAAGACGGGUAUUAUAUUGAUGGUAACCUAUGCAGUAAAUGCUUAUAUUAAUAAAAUUGCUCAUAACAAACUUCUUUGAGUUAAAUUUAAAAUUGUACAAAUUAAAAAUUAUGUAUAAGCUGUCCAGAUGGGUAUUACCUAUCAAUAGAAGGAUAUUGUAAUCGAUGCCCAAAAGGCUGUAAAUUGUGUACAGCAGCAGAUUAGUGCUCAUCUUGUAAUGAUAAUUAUUGCCCAGUUAAUAACUAAUGUUAUCUCAUAUCAGGAAGUGAUGGUGAACAUGAUAUAACUAAUUGUGACAACUUUAAUUAAUUCUGCGUAUAAUAGGACCCUACUAAAAAUGGGAUUUGCUUAUAAUGUAUUAAAGGUAAAGAUAAAUGCUCAAUGUGUGACUCGAAUUCCUAUUUAUAUAACUCUUAAUGCUUAUUAAAUUGCCCACCAGAUUAUAUCGCUGAUAAAAAUAUUUACUUAGAAAAAUUUAUUUAUUCAGGAAUAUGCAGAACUAGUUGCUUAAGUGGCUAUAAAUAAGCAAUUAAUGAAAAAUGUUUUUAUUGUCCUGACUUUUGCUAAAAUUGUACUCCACUAGCAGAUUCAAACCUAGCUAAAUAACUUGGAUAAAAUUACAAUUGUACCUAAUGUAAUAAUGAUAUUAAUAAUUAACCCUAUUAUAUGCUGUAACUAAACUAAAUUUAAGUAUACAAUUGUGUUUAAUAAUGCCCAACAAGUUAUUUUGUCAAUAGCCAAUCUUAAUGCAUUAAAUGUGGAGAUUUUUGUUAAGAAUGUAAAGAUGAAAAAACAUGUAAUACAUGCCUAAUAGGAUAUUUUUUAGAUAUUGAUAAUAGUUGCGUAUAAAACUGCUAAAAAGGAUAUUAUUAAGAUUUUGUAUAAAAGAAAUGUAUUAAGUGCUUAGAUGAUGAUUGUGCUAUAUGCUCACAAAAUGGGUAUUGCUAAUAAUGCAAUAAAAAAUAUUUACUAAAUGGAUAAUGUGUUGAAAAUUGUGGUGAUUACUAUUUUGCUAACAUUUAAGAUUAAACAUGUCAACGUUGUAUACUCAAUUGCUAGUAAUGCAGUGAUCAAAAAUCUUGUAGCAAAUGCUAGUAAGGGGCAUAUUAUUAAGUAAUAGGUGAAAAUUAUAGUUGCUAAAAAAAUUGUCUAUUAGGUUUUUAUCCUUAAGAUUCUAAUCAAACUUGUCAAAAAUGUGAUAUUAUUAAUUGUUCUAAAUGCUCUUAAAGUAAUUAGUGUGAAUUAUGUGAUGACACUUACUUUUUAUUAAUAGUAUCAGAUUAGAAUAAAUUAAAUUAUUCUUGUGUUAAAUCUUGUGGAUCUAGUUACUACGCAAACGCUUAAACUAAAAUGUGCACAUAAUGCUAAUCUAAUUGCUUAGAAUGCUCUAUAUAUGGAGUUUGUUAAAAAUGCAAUGAUAAAUUUUAUUUGACAUCAGAUACCUAAUAAUGUGUAGAUAAAUGCUCAUAAGGAUACUCAUAAGUAGAUACUUAAUGUAUAAAAUGUGCUGAUAACUGUUAAAAUUGCUAGUAAAUUAACUAAUGUACUCAAUGCUAGUUAAAUUUUUAUCUUAAUGGUACCACCUGUUUACCUUGUAUUCCUAAUUGUUAAGAAUGUGUAAACAAUACCACUUGUAAUUAAUGCAUAAAUAAUUAUUACUACACUUAAGAUACUAAUAUUUGUAGUUUAGAUUGCUCUGAUGGAUAUUUUAAAAGUAUAAAUUUUUAGUGCAUAAAAUGUAGCAAUAACUGUAAAGUUUGUAAAAGUGAAAAUGCAUGCUAAACUUGCAACGAUAACUAUUAUUUGACAUCAGAUACCUAAUAAUGUGUAGAUAAAUGCUCAUAAGGAUACUCAUAAGUAGAUACUUAAUGUAUAAAAUGUGCUGACAACUGUUAAAAUUGCUAGUAAAUUAACUAAUGUACUCAAUGCUAGUUAAAUUUUUAUCUUAAUGGUACCACUUGUUAACCUUGUAUUCCUAAUUGUUAAGAAUGUGUAAACAAUACCACUUGUAAUUAAUGCAUAAACAAUUAUUACUACACUUAAGAUACUAAUAUUUGUAGUUUAGAUUGCUCAGAUGGAUAUUUUAAAAGUAUAAAUUUUUAUUGCAUAAAAUGUAGCAAUAACUGUAAAGUUUGUAAAAGUGAAAAUACAUGCUAAACUUGCAACGAUAACAAUUAUUUGACAUCAGAUACCUAAUAAUGUGUAGAUAAAUGCUCAUAAGGAUACUCAUAAGUAGAUACUUAAUGUAUAAAAUGUGCUGAUAACUGUUAAAAUUGCUAGUAAAUUAACUAAUGUACUCAAUGCUAGUUAAAUUUUUAUCUUAAUGGUACCACUUGUUAACCUUGUAUUCCUAAUUGUUAAGAAUGUGUAAACAAUACCACUUGUAAUUAAUGCAUAAAUAAUUAUUACUACACUUAAGAUACUAAUAUUUGUAGUUUAGAUUGCUCUGAUGGAUAUUUUAAAAGUAUAAAUUUUUAGUGCAUAAAAUGUAGCAAUAACUGUAAAGUUUGUAAAAGUGAAAAUACAUGCUAAACUUGCAACGAUAACAAUUAUUUGACAUCAGAUACCUAAUAAUGUGUAGAUAAAUGCUCAUAAGGAUACUCAUAAGUAGAUACUUAAUGUAUAAAAUGUGCUGAUAACUGUUAAAAUUGCUAGUAAAUUAACUAAUGUACUCAAUGCUAGUUAAAUUUUUAUCUUAAUGGUACCACUUGUUAACCUUGUAUUCCUAAUUGUUAAGAAUGUGUAAACAAUAUCACUUGUAAUUAAUGCAUAAAUAAUUAUUACUACACUUAAGAUACUAAUAUUUGUAGUUUAGAUUGCUCAGAUGGAUAUUUUAAAAGUAUAAAUUUUUAGUGCAUAAAAUGUAGCAAUAACUGUAAAGUUUGUAAAAGUGAAAAUGCAUGCUAAACUUGCAACGAUAACUAUUAUUUGACACCAGAUACCUAAUAAUGUGUAGAUAAAUGCUCAUAAGGAUACUCAUAAGUAGAUACUUAAUGUAUAAAAUGUGCUGAUAACUGUUAAAAUUGCUAGAAAAUUAACUAAUGUACUCAAUGCUAGUUAAAUUUUUAUCUUAAUGGUACCACUUGUUAACCUUGUAUUCCUAAUUGUUAAGAAUGUGUAAACAAUACCACUUGUAAUUAAUGCAUAAACAAUUAUUACUACACUUAAGAUACUAAUAUUUGUAGUUUAGAUUGCUCUGAUGGAUAUUUUAAAAGUAUAAAUUUUUAGUGCAUAAAAUGUAGCAAUAACUGUAAAGUUUGUAAAAGUGAAAAUACAUGCUAAACUUGCAACGAUAACUAUUAUUUGACAUCAGAUUCCUUAAUAUGCAUAGAUUAAUGCCCACAAGGAUAUUCAUAAAUAGGAGCAUAAUGUAUCAAAUGUGCUGAUAACUGUUUAAAAUGCUAGAUUGCUAAUGAAUGUACUUAAUGUUUAUCUAGUUUUUACCUUGAUUCUCAAAAAUGUUCACCUUGUAUUUCUAAUUGCGCUGAAUGUCAGGAUUUUAAUCAAUGUGAAAAAUGCAAAUCAGAUUAUUUAUAUACUCUUGAUAAAAACACUUGUGACUAGCACUGCCCUUUAGGAUAUUUCAACUAAUUUGGUACAAAUGAAUGUUCUAAGUGCAUUAAUAAUUGUAACAUCUGUGAAACAUAGGAUAAGUGUCAAUCUUGUAAUGAUGGAUUUUUCCUAAGAUCAGACUAUUAAGAUUGUGUAUCUAAUUGUCAAGAGGGUUAUUCUUAAAAAGGAACGUAAUGCAUCAAGUGUUUAAGUUAUUGCAUUGAGUGCGACACCACUUAAGAUUGCAAAAAAUGUUAAUAAGGAUUUUAUCUUGAUGUUAACAAGGCUUGCUAAAAAUGCUCAGUAUCUAACUGUAUUUCAUGUUAAACAAAUAACUAAUCUUGUGAUAUUUGCUAAUAAAAUUAUGUUUUUGAUUCAUAAACUAACUAAUGCUUGUAAAAAUGCCCUGAAAAUAACUAUGUAUAUUAAGAUAGUAACCAAGGAUAUUUUUGUAAACAGUGCAUUUCAAACUGCUAGUAAUGCUCUAACUCUAUUGAAUGUAAAUAGUGUAAGCCUUCUUUUUAUGUUGAUAAAUAAAAUAACAAUACUUGCAGUUAAUGUAUUGAAAAUUGUAUAAAUUGUAACUCUAAUAGCAACUCUUGUGAUGAGUGUUAGCAAGAUUAUUACUUUACACCAUAAUUAAAUAAAUGUACUAAAUAAUGUCUUAUAGGUUAUUUUCCUACAGUUGAUACUGGAAAAAGGCUGGUUUGUUAAUAAUGUGAUAAUAAUUGUGAUUCAUGCAAAAGUUCAUCUUAAUGUGAGUAAUGCUCUUAAUCUUUUUACUUAAGAUCAGACACUUUCCAAUGUGUAGAUAAAUGUCCUAAUGGUUAUUCAUUAAUAGAUACUAGCUGCAUUAAAUGUGUAAGGAAUUGCUAAAAUUGCAGCGAUAUGAAUACAUGCUUAUAAUGCAGAUUAGGAUUUUAUCUUAACAAUGACCAAUAAUGUGUAGCUUGCUAAGUAAAAAAUUGUGAUGUUUGCUAAAAUACAAGUAAUCAGUGUUAAGUUUGUGCACUUGGAUUUAUUUUAAGUCUUGAUUAAUCUUCUUGUAUAGAAAAAUGCCCAGAAGGGUAAUUUUCUGAACUGAUUAACAAAAACCAAAUAUGCUCUUAAUGUAGUUAGAAUUGCAGUCUUUGUUAAGAUAAAGUGCAAUGCAAUUAAUGUAUAUAAGGAUUUACUCUAAUUAAUAAGCAAUGUGUUUAAUGUAAUGUUUCAUAAUGCAAUUCUUGUGAUACCUCAGUUCAAAUUUGUGAUUAGUGUAAUUCUUCAUUAUACGUAAGUUCAAAUUAAUUAAAAUGUGUUAGCUAGUGCCAGCCUGAUGAAUAUUUAGAUUCAACUUAAAAAAUGUGCAAAAAGUGUCCUUAAAACUGCAAAAAAUGUUCUCCUGAUUAAAUAUGUUAGGAAUGCUAAUCUCCAUACUUAUUGAAUCAUAAAAAUAAAUGCAUUUAAUGCGAUCCUAAUUAUUAUUUCGACUUUUAAUCAAAGACAUGUGCUUUCUGUGACGAAUCUAAUGGAAACUUUAUUUAAAACAAUGUCUGCAAAAAAUGCAAUUAUACAUGCUAAACGUGUUCUGGAAUUUCAAUAAAUGAAUGUUUAACUUGCCCUAAAAACAGAAUCUUAUACCUGAAUAGGUGCAUUUGCUAAGAAGGAUAUAUCGAAAAUUCUUCUUAAGAUUGCUAAAAGUAAUAAAUAGAUUCUAAUGGUUUAUAAGGUAUGCAGUCUGGAAUGACUUCUUUGAGUGCAGUUUCAAUGAUUGGAGGAGCUGGAACAGCUUCAAGCUUAAGAGGAAUGGAAGUGUCUUAGAUGGUUAGCUUUUUAACAUAUGUGAAUGUUAAUUAUUAAGGAAACAGUAAUUAAUACUUAAAAAUAUUGUACUCAGAUAACUUAUCUCCUAUUUUCCCUAAUGUUCUUUAAGGUAUAUUUGAACAUAGUUCAAAUAAAAGCAGUACUAAUUAGCCUUAAAACUAAACAAGUAUUAGAAUUCUAUCAUAAGAAGUUUAUGUUGAUUCAUACUAACAAACAGAUUUUAAAUUUAUGGUCAACUAAAAAACAAAUAACUUCUUAUUUAAUGUAUCACCAUUGAUAAUUUUACACUUGUCUGUAGCUCUUUUAUUACUAGUGAAAUUUUUAGUCUACAGAUACACAAAACUUUAAUACAGCAAGAAGAAAGCAGUUGUAUGGAUCAAAAAUAACUUUAGAUAAACUGUUUAUUUGCUAAUUUUCUACUUAACUUACUAAGAAUUGCUAUUGAUUGUUCUUUUAUAACUUACAAAACCAUUUAGUGAAUAAGCGGUAAGUAUUGUUGGUUCUAUUUUGACACUUUUGGUUUCUUUUUAUAUGAUCUACUUGCUCUACUUUAUAUUUAAAGUAGUAUUAUUCAUGCCAUAUUUGACAGUAAAGGAAAAAAAUUAGAAAUUUGGAUGUAUAUUUUAUGGUCUAAAAGAGAAUAGAACAGCUUAGAUUUUUAUCUUAAUAAAGUUCAUUUAAAAAACAGCAAUAUGUAUGUGCACUAUUUAUGCAUACCAUUCUGACCAAGUCUUGCCUUAAAUUGUGAUAAGCGGUAUUGUUUUCUUGUAUGAAUUGAUGAUUAGGCCUUUUUAUUAUAAGUUAGCUGCUUUUGCUAGUUUCUUAUUGAAUGCUUUAUAUUUGGCAUUAUUAUUUUUAAGUUAUUUGAUAAAAUCUGAAUAGCAAAAUAAUUCUUCAACUCCAAGUUUGAAUUAUUCAGAUUCAUUUGAAAAAAUCUUAUUGGCUUUCAUAAUUGUUAAGAACGUCAUAGUUUUAGUUGACAUUAUUAUUUUGGUUUAUGGUUUCUUCAAAAUUAUUCGUGGUAAAAGAAGUAUUUCAACUUCUACAGAAGAUGUAUUAUCUAACAGAACUUCUGCUGAUUUAGAAAGCAGUCUUUCAAAGAGUAUAACUUGGAGGAAUAAUCCCUUGAUGAUGAAUAAUUUUAAUUCUGUUAAAGCUGGUAAAUAAAAUAUGAGCGAAAUACAGAACGAGUUUAGGCGAACUGAUUCAACUUAUUUUUCAGAUUCUCCACCUACCCGUAAAGACUCAUCUUCACCUAUUUUAAAGAAAACAUAAAAUAAUAUCUAAAGAUCUUCACCACCAGGAUAAUUAGAUUCAACGCAAAUCCUAUAAAAUUAGAUUCUUGGUAAAGAAAUUCUAGUAGUAAAAUGGAAGUAAAAUAAGCUAUUUAAAAAUGAUAUGAAUGAUGCUUUGUGA